UCUUCACGUACCGACCGUCAUAUGCACCCACACAUGAAGAAGCUUAUUCGCGAUAGGCAUACCAUCAGCAGAGUUCAGGAUGCCCGAGAUAGCUAUAUAAAGCCAUCUAGUUCACUGCAGAGUAAAAACCACACCAAGUCAGUAUGCCUUCACUUCGCCUACUUCUACCUAUACUUACUGCGGGCUCUGCUGUUCUGGCAGGCCAGGAUGUGUUUCAAGAUAAGUGUACAAGUUUUGCAACUAAAAUCAAAUUGCCCAAUGUACGGGUGAACUUCGUGGAUUACGUACCUGGAGGUACCAACCUCUCUCUGCCAGAUAACCCAACCAGUUGCCAUGCAAAUUCUCAGUCAGUGACUGAGGAUAUCUGUCGGAUUGCUAUGGCUGUCGCAACUUCGAACAGCAGCGAACUCACGCUCGAAGCAUGGCUCCCAAGAAACUACACCGGUCGCUUCCUGAGUAUAGGCAACGGAGGCCUUUCGGGCUGUAUUCAGUACGGCGAUCUGGCAUACUCAUCUGGCUUAGGAUUUGCGACAGUCGGCGCCAACAACGGCCAUAACGGAACAUCCGGCGAACCUUUCUAUCACCAUCCCGAGGUCCUCGAAGAUUUUGUACAUCGCUCUGUCCACACCGGUGUCGUAAUUGGCAAAGAGCUGACGAAGCUCUUCUACGAUGAAGGAUUCAAAAAGUCUUAUUACCUUGGUUGCUCUACUGGUGGCCGGCAGGGCUUCAAAUCCGUUCAAAAAUACCCCAACGAUUUUGACGGUGUUGUGGCCGGUGCACCGGCAUUCAAUAUGAUCAACCUCAUGUCAUGGAGUGCCCAUUUCUAUCCAAUCACUGGGCCACCUUCAUCUGACACAUAUCUAUCGCCUGAUUUGUGGAAUAUCACCCAUAAGGAAAUUGUGCGUCAGUGUGAUGGGAUCGACGGUGCUGAAGACGGUAUUAUCGAAGAUCCAAGUCUCUGCUACCCUGUGCUUGAGACAAUAAUUUGCAAGCCAGGUCAAAAUUCCACCGAUUGUCUAAGUGGGAAGCAAGCCAAUACGGUUCGCCAGGUUCUAUCCCCGCUGUACGGCGUGAACGGCACCCUGCUCUAUCCCCGAAUGCAGCCCGGCUCCGAGGUGAUGGCCGCCUCCAUGAUGUACAGUGGUCAGCCCUUUGCCUAUAGCACAGAUUGGUACCGCUAUGUUGUCUACGAAAACCCCAAAUGGGAUGGGACCAAGUUCACAGUAAGUGAUGCUGCCGUGGCUUUGAAGCAGAACCCCUUCAACCUUCAGACCUGGGACGCAGACAUCUCCGCUUUCCGCAAGGCAGGUGGCAAGGUCCUCACCUACCACGGGCUCCAGGAUCAGCUCAUCAGCUCGGAAAAUUCCAAGCUUUACUACGCGCGCGUGGCGGAAACCAUGAACGUACCUCCCGAGGAACUCGACGAAUUCUACCGCUUCUUCCAGGUCAGUGGGAUGGCACAUUGCAGCGGGGGCGAUGGGGCAUACGGUAUUGGGAAUCAACUCAGAACUUAUAACGGGGUUGAUCCCGAGAGCAACGUUCUCAUGGCUAUGGUUCAGUGGGUGGAAAAGGGCAUCGCCCCGGAGACCAUUCGUGGUGCCAAGUUCACCGAUGGACCGGGCUCAGCUGUAGAGUAUACUCGCAAGCAUUGCCGUUACCCGCGGAGAAAUGUAUACAGGGGGCCAGGGGACUACACUGAUGAGACUGCAUGGCAGUGCGUUUGAGUUCCUAAAGUC